CAUGAGGCAGCACAUCAUCUAUCCCGACUGCGACAUCAAGUUCACUGGUCAUGUGACGUGGGUCGGGAAGACCUCUAUCGAAGCUAAGAUGCACAUGUCACAGUUCCACGACGGAGCGUAUUCUCCGGUUCUGGAUGCCACGUUUGUCAUGGUGGCCCGGGAUCCCGAAAACAAGAGGGCCGCUUUUGUAAAUCCUUUAAAGCCUGAAGGUCCAGAGGAGGAGAACAUUUUCCAGGAGGGAGAAGCUAAUAAAACCCGCCGUGUGGAUCUGAGCACUGCGUCGCUGCUGAAGGUGGCGCCCACAGACGAGGAGAGGAAGAUCGUUCACAGUCUUUUCCUCCACACGCUGGACCCAAAGACGGUCAGUUUCCGCAGCAGAGUCCUGCCUCCAAACUCAGUGUGGAUGGAAGACGCCAAACUGAAGGGACUGGAGAUCUGCCACCCUCAGGAGAGGAACAUCUUCAACAGGAUAUUCGGAGGUUUUCUGAUGAGGAAAGCCUACGAGCUGGGCUGGGCCAACGCCUGCUCCUUCGGAGGGUGUCGGCCCAGUCUGGUGGCGGUUGAUGAUAUCCUCUUCCAGAAACCCGUGGAGAUCGGCUCCCUGCUGCUGCUCUCGUCACAGGUGUGUUACACACAGGGGAAGUACAUCCAGGUCAGAGUUCACAGCGAGGUGUUCGACCCGCUGACCCGCCAACACAACACCACCAACGUCUUCCACUUCACCUUCGCUUCUGACCGCGACGUCCCCAACAUCAUCCCGAUGACAUAUGGAGAGUCGAUGUUGUACCUGGACGGGAAGAGACACUUUAAUCAGACUGUGGAGCAAUGAGACAGACACGUCCUCUGUCCACGUCCACGCCCGCCGGAGCCUUUCAGCGUCUGACCAACGAGCGUGUGUGUGUGUGCGUGUGUGUGCGCGCGCGUGUGUGUGAAUGCAGUUAGUACCACAUAGAUCCGUUACACUCCCCCACAUGGUGACCGUGUUUAAAUCCUGUUACUUUUUUAUUUUCGGUUGUUUACAUGUUGGUGCGGAGCGGACCACGACAGCUCAACACAGACAGCUUUUUUUAUUCAUUUGUAUUUUAUUUACUCGUUUCACACUCACAGUCACAUGAAGCCAAAUAUUUCCUGGUUUUGUCGUAACUUUAUCUGUAUAUCUCUGACUCGCAUGGCUUUACAGCAUGUUACAUUUUUAUAUUCCACUGUCGCUUAUACGCACAAUAUUUACUUUUUUACUUUGAAUGGGGGGAUUUUGUCCUGAAUGUGUCAGACUGCAGCGUGAGGGAGGAGGAGGGCGUCAUGCUGUCAUGGCCUUAAGUUCUUUAUUUGCUCCAUUGCAAUAAAUAAAUUCUUAUUUAUCUUUAA